AUGUCGGGCCUCGGCAUGCAAGACGCCCGCAGAGCAGGGACCAACGGCGUGUCGAACGGCUCCAAGGUCCGAGACGUUUCCCCGAGUCGGCGGCGGCGUGAUUCUUCUGCCUCAAUAUCGAUAUCCCGUCGUCUGACGGGCAAAACGCUCUCGACACGGAGGGUCAGCUAUAUCUUUGCGCGGGUCGUUGCGGCGCUCGUCGUCGUGCUGCUCCUUUACUGGAUCUUCGCCGAUCGGCAACCCCUGAACAAGUCCGAGACACUCAAGACAAAAUGGUGGGAAUCAGACAGCCCAAGUGAGCGCCGCUUUACAUGUUGACAUUGGGAGAAGAAGCACGAAACUCAUGUAUCAUCCCCUCGGAACCGGGACCCAACCGACGAAUAGCAGACCGGAAUCAAUUGUUGCCGAAACCUGCGAUGCUGCCAAAACCACCGCGGCCAAAGCCAGUACCCGAAAUGUCGCACUCGCUCGCCCAAAUCACACGGAUGUCAUCGACGUUCAAUGCCAUCUCCCCUCCAGACUGGACCGCGGUCGUACACGUCUCGGCCGCGGCCCAAUACCCAUUACUGUCGACCCUGAUACCCUCACUCCUCGGGCAGGCCGUAGCACCGAAUCGCAUCAUCGUUUUCGCCGUCAAGGGCUUGACACCACCGAUAAAGACGUUUGGUCCGGCCGUGUCGGUGCAAGCAUAUCCACCCGGGCGCCCACCGGUCGUCGCACUCCUUGAAGCGGUAGUGCCCGCCACAACGACCGAGUUCAUCCUCUUUGUCGAUGGCCACCUCGACACGAUCGACACCAACUACGUUGCGCGCUUGUUGCAUGCCUCGGGCACCAAAGAGUAUAGAGCGUCACUACUAGCAUCCGGUGGGCUUGUGUUGCCGACUUCGCUCGAUGCACCCCCGACGCAGUGUCAUGGCGCUGGUUCCACUUCAGGCCGCGACGUCGACAAGCAGCUGCACCACCAACGAUCAAAGCGCAUCCACAUCCCUACGACCCCGUUCCUCUUCCAAACCAGCUGGAUGAAGGCGAUCUCGAACGGCGUUCGUACCGACAUGGAGAUCGAGGCGGCGAUUCCUCUUGGGCUGUGGACGAAAGCGGGCAUUCCGGCUUAUGCGCUCCCCGUCCCAUUGUAUGCCUCGCUGGGACCGCACGUCGUACCCAAGCUCGCCAGCUCAACGUUCGGAUGUGA